AGGUACCGGACGGGGGAGGCGGAGACGGACAAGCAUUCCCUUCUGAUGUCGUCGUCUCCCCCUCCUUGUCCCCUUCCUCAUAAUAUCCUCCCCCUUUCCCUUCCCUUCUUCUCUUGAAGUCUCCAUUCCCCACUUCCUCUCUAGGCUUCUCCCCCAAAUCCCAUGGCAACCCUCCUCCCCUUCCUCCUAUUCCUCUCCAUCAUCUCCAAUUCAGCCGCAGUCCAGAUCCAAUCCGAAGAAGAAAGCUUCAUCUCCGCCGUCGUCUCCGAGAAGGGUCUCAACUUCGUGAAGGACCUGCUGAUCGAGAAGGCAGUGAAGACCCUCACCCCGCUCGGCCUCCCUGACAUCGAGAAGAAUGUGAAAAUUCCGGUCGUCGGGGCUGUUCACAUGGCUGCGUCCAACGUCACGCUGUUAAGUAUCGAUGUCUCUUCUUCUAUUGUUCAGCCCGGCGAGUCGGGUAUCGCGAUCGUCGCUUCGGGGGCGACGGCUAAUUUGAGCAUGGAUUGGCUGUACUCGUACAGCACCUGGCUUGUUCCGAUUGAAAUCUCUGAUGAGGGGAGUGCUUUCGUUCAGGUUGAAGGCUUGGAAGUUGGGCUUACCGUCAGCGUGGAUAAUCGAAAUGGAACUCUGGAGUUGACUCUGAUGGAAUGUGGCUGUUAUGUGAAAGAUAUGGUGAUAACCUUGGAUGGAGGAGCAUCUUGGUUUUAUCAAGGGUUUGUGAAUGCUUUUGAGGAUCAGAUUAGAUCAGCUGUGGAAAGUGCAAUUACUAAAAAUAUUAUCAAGGGGGCUUUAAAGCUUGAUUCUUUAUUGCAAACUCUUCCAAAAGAAAUUCACGUCGACGAUGUCGUUGCUUUAAAUGUGACUUUUAUAAACGAUCCACUGUUUGGAAAUGCUUCUGUUCAGUUCGACAUUAAUGGUCUAUUUGUUUCAUCAGACAAAGUUUCAGCUCCGAUCUACUUACAUAAAUAUUCACAGAGUUCAAUAUCUUGUGGGGAAGCACUAAAAAUGCUUGGGAUUUCAUUAGAUGAGGCUGUAUUUAACUCCGCAUCAGCAGUAUACUUUCAGGCAGGAUUGAUGCAUUGGAUUGUAGACAAGGUACCUGAUCAGUCUCUUUUGAACACUGCUAGCUGGAAGUUUAUUAUUCCUCAGUUGUACAGGAAGUACCCAAAUGAUGACAUGCUACUAAAUAUUUCAAUAACUUCUCCUCCAGUCAUAAGAAUUACAUCACAAAAAAUUGGGGCUACAAUUUUGUCGGACAUGAUAGUUCAUGUUGUGGAUGCUGGCGAGUCAAUUCCUGUUGCAUGCAUAUCCCUGGUAGUUUCUGUUUCAGGGGUUGUGGAGAUAUCAGGAAACAAUCUAACUGGUAGAGCUGAAUUAGAUGAUUUCACCCUGAACUUGAAGUGGAGCGAGGUCGGAAACUUCCAUAUGUAUCUAAUUCAGGGGAUCAUGAGGGUCUUCUUGAACACUGUAUUUGUGCCAUAUGUCAAUAUGCAUCUCAAGCAAGGUUUUCCUUUGCCGAUUAUCCAUGGAUUUACACUCCAAAAUGCAUACAUAUUCACCUCCAGUUCAAAUAUGGUUGUAUGUUCUGAUGUAGUGUACACCGAUUUCGGUGGUGCUGUGCACUCUUCAUUCUAACAUUCAUAGCACAGAAAUGGGAAAAGCAAUAUAUAUUUUGAUGGUGAAUGCAACAUAUACAUAUAAUGCUGGGAUUCUGGAAGUGGUGGUCUAUGAGCCUGGAUUCAUACUGGUCAGGAUCAUGCAUAUUAGAAAUUCUUUUGGGAAGUCACUCUAUAUCUUCCAAAAAUAUGUAUCCUAUGUACAGUAUGAUAUGAUGUUCUUUAGUUCUAAUGACUGGCCGGCUGGUCUUAAAAUAUUUGAAGUAAUAGUCCAAUUGCUUUGUUGGUAUUCAUGGUUUA